AUGAACUACCGGCUCGGCUCUAUUGUUCACUCACCUUCGGGGUGUAGCCUUUGCGGGUCGAACCAAGCAUCUGCAAGAGAGGGCUGCGAGUUAGAGGGAUGCGCGAACCUAGCGCGCGCCGCGCCCGAACCUCGCGUCGAUACUGGCGGCCGGGGCGCAGCUCCCCCCGCACCCCGCGCCGCCGCCCUCUCCCCGCCCCUGGCCCCCCCCGACCCGCCCCCGCGGCGCAUGCGCAAUGUCAAUCGCUAUCAGUGCGCAUCUGCACUCGUAUACCGCUGCACUACCACCACCAUCACCACCACCAAAGAAGAGUGUGUCAUCACACACACACACACCUACAUCACGAUAGGUUCCCGUGAUAAGGACGAGGGACACGAGGACACGAGGGGACCAACAGACAUACACUCUGAACGGAUUCAAAGAUACAUAUGUAGGGAUGCACAAUACAAGCGAUAG